AUAAAAAAGAAUUCCGGUUCCUUGCCGAGCACAUUAUGACGCGACUCAAGGAAGGAACUCCAUCCGAGCCUUGUUUUUAUUAUUCUGUGCUAACUGUCAACCAGAAAGCCACCUGUUUUAAACCUAAACGUCAAAAUGUCGUCAGACUUUGAAGCCUACGAGCAGGACUUUGGGACACUUACGGCAGAAGUAACCAACAAAAUUGGCAAAAUUCCCAAAUUAAGUGGAGAGGAGAAGACACAGCUGGUUCUAAAUGUCGACAAACAGCUUGAAGAAGUCAGAGAGUUGCUGGAACAAAUGGACCUGGAAGUGCGGGAGAUCCCUAUCCAGAGCCGAGCCAUGUACAACAGCAGACUGAAGAGCUACAAGCAGGAGGUGGAGAAGCUCGAGAAGGACUUUAAAAGGUCACGCAUUGCCUACAGUGAUGAGGUGCGCAACGAGCUCCUGGGGGAUGACGCCAGCUCCUCAGAGAACCAGUUGAUAAAGUUACGUGAAGAGAGAGCGCAUCUGUUGGACAACACAGAGAAGCUGGAAAGGUCAUCACGGAGACUGGAAGCCGGCUACCAGAUAGCAGUAGAGACUGAACAAGUGGGUCAGGAGAUUCUUUCCAACCUGAACAGCGACCGUGAGAAGAUCCAGAGAGCCAGAGAAAGGCUGAGAGAAACAGACGCCAACCUGGGCAAGAGUUCUCGCAUCCUUACCGGCAUGCUGAGAAGGUAAGAGGCAGGAUCAUCCAGAAUCGCGUCCUGGUCUUCAUCCUCGGAGCCAUCAUCCUUCUCACCAUCAUCCUGGCCAUCUAUUUCAAUCUGCGGGGCCACUGAUCUCCCCCCUCUGCACACAUAAACGCACACGCGCACCCUCACUAGCCCCCCUGACACAAAUACAAACACACAUAGCCGUGAUUAAUAGCGACAAAAGCGUUGUUCUGCUGUAAUUAGGACAAAUGGUCCCCAUGAAUCACUGUUUCCAAAGCCUGACAGGGAGCUUUUUUUUUUUUUUUGCCCCCAUCUCCUUUCUCCUUUCCUGUUUGCUGUUUCUUUCUCUCUUCCGAUCCCUCUCUACCUUCUCUUUCCUUCUUCUUCUCCCACUUCUUCUUCUCUCGUCUAAGUUUUGUCCUCUCACUGUCAGGCUCUCUCUCACAUCUCCAGAAACAAAAUGUUUUUAUGAUGUUUUGUUUUUUCAUGGUGUCGUCUUCGGUGCGGUUCUGCAGCCCAUCCUGUCCCCCAAGUGAACAAGGCCUGGGGAUUUUUUUUUUUUUGCAGAUUCAGAUACAUAGAUCUUUUUUUUUUUUUUUUUUUUAAAUGUUGCAUUGGAGGUGGGUCAGGUGAGUGAUGUGGAGGCCCGCACUGUGUUCUUUUAUUAUUAACACCAACAGUAGACGCACACACUAUAUGAGUUUUCCUGUAAGUAGACGAUUCAGCCCGUUCGUCAUGUAGCCCUUACACACAGCACAGAGGACAGUGCCUUCGGAUGAGAUAUGCUGUUCAUACUCCUUCAAAAAAAAAGAGAGAAAAAAAACCCUCAGCAGAGCCCAAAAUAGACGAGUAAUGCUGCCUUGAAAAGAGAGGAUGCACAUAAAAAGGUUGAGGUCGGUUCAACUUCGGUUCAGUUCAACAAGAUGUUGUUUUGUUUUAUCGGGACAAAAUUGUUUAUUUUCAAUUAUCUGAAAGGAUAUGUGAACAUUUGGGAGUUUGGACUGAAUAAAUAAAAUCUUGUAAUACAAAACAGGACCUGACUUCGACCUCGGCACACACAAUACAGAGAAAAGGUUUCUUCUUCAUUACAACAUGCUUAAAUAUCCACAUUUGGUACAAUCCCCCUCGCACCUCCUUCUCACCUGUCAUUCCCGAGGACUUUUUAAAACAUUGCUAUCAUUGUGGAGAAAUUAUAGACAUGGAACUGUAUGUACUAACAUUUAAAUCUACGUCAUGUAUAGUUUUUGUUUGUUUGUUUGUUUGGUUUUUUUUUUUGCUCUCAUUGCAAGUGAUUCUGUUACUAUUUAUUUAUAAAUGCAUAAAUGAGUUUGCAAUUAAAGUUUCUGUGCUAGAACUGUAUGUUUUAUUAAGUUUUAAAGGUAUUCAGAAUCAGCAACUGUUCUUUUCUUGAUUAUUUUUUUUCUGUUCUUAUAAAUGGAUCUAACUCGUUUUAGAACUUGCACUUUUUUUUUCUUCUAUUAUUAUCUUGUCAAGUUCUGAAGGUUGUGAUGCAGUCCUUGUGUCUGUGUUUAUCUGUACGCCGACUGACGAUGUGAUACAUUUGCAGGUGUUUUGAAAAGACGUGUGCGUGAGUUUGCUGCUGUUUUAAUUCUUCUGGGGAAAGCCAUUCUUCGGGGGGGUCUUGGAAAAUCUAAAUUUAAAGAGCACAUUUUGAGAAUUUUCAGAAGUUGAGACACAUGGAGGUGUCACACACACACACACACACACACACACACACACACACAGGGAUGGGGAGUAGUCAUGUGCAUGUGUCUCCUGCGGUCGGCGUGGUGGUUCCUGGUGAGGACAUUUGCUAUUCUGUUUCAGGGCCACGCUCUUCGUUUUUCGAAGAUGCAGGGGUGUCGAGGUGGUGAGGCCCCCCCCCCAGACCACCAUUUCACAGGCCCUCACCAGCCGCAGCGCCGCCGUCUGCUUCAAAGCCUCAAAUUAAUGGCCAACAAAAUAGUGUGCCUCCGACCGUCCCACACGGGGCCCGACCCACCAAGACUUAUCAUUAAAGUGAGGGAAUAAUGAAAAAAGGAAGGAAGAAAAAGGGGAAGGGAGAAGGAAGGAAGUGAACAAGGAAGCAAGGGGGGGUGAGGAAGGGGGAGUGAAAUCCCUGGCAGUUUGACAAACCUCAUCUGGUAAUGACCCUCAGUGAUUGUUUUUUCACCCAGCGCGCAGCAUGUGUGUGUGCGCAGCCUACCUACGUGCCGAUGAGCUCUCUUCUCUUCCUCUCCCCUUUCUAUCUCUCCCGUCUUUCUCUCCCUCCCCAUCCCUCCUGCUCCCCCCCCCCUUUCUCUCUACCUCUCCUGCCACCUUUCCUCCUCCUCCCCUCCCUCCCUCCCUCCCAGCCUGUCAGAUGAGCGGAGCAGUAGCUAGCGAGCGAGCGGUGGAAGGCAGCGUGGCGGCGGCUUCUAUUUGAAGUUGUAAUGGUGUCAAAAAGUCAGGGCUGACUGACAGACGUCAGUCCCACAGGGCCUCAUUAAAAACAGACCCACUUGACAAGGAAAUAAUUGAGCGCCGGCGACAACUCGGGGGCCCCUCCGCGUUUUUAGAUGUUUUUAUUUUCUUUUCAUUAUUAGCGCCGAGCUAUUAUGUUCAUUAAGAAAUGGCAUUAAAACAAGUUUUUAAAAGCGGGGGAAAGGGAGGGAGGGGCAGAGGGAAGGCAGGAUGCAUGGAGGUGGGAAGAUAACGAUUUGUUUAGAGCCCCUGUCCUGUUUUAUUAUUUAAACAGGAGCACUGUCAUGUGAUACCUUGGCAGACGUCGCCUAUCAUCUGCCACUCCUCCCUUUUUUCCCUCCUUUUUUCCCCCCUUUUUCUCUCCUCAUCGCUCAUCCCUCGCUUCAACCCCCCCCUGGCUUUUAUCUUCCCCUCCUCCGUCCAUCUCCCUCUUCCUCCACCUGCCCAUCUCUUCAUCCCUUUCUUUCCCUCUCUCUGAGCGGCGGGUGUCGUUGGAAUAUGAACUAGAUUAUUCAUCAAUGCACCCCACACACACACCCCACGUUACCCCCCUCGCUGAUUUGGUUUUCGACAAGCGUCUCGCCGCAGAAGGCUGAGGAUGAAAACUUGUCAAAAAUAGGUUAUAUCUUAUUCCAAGGGGCAACAAUAGCAGCAGGUACAGACACCUUUUAAUAUUUAAUUUAGACGGGUGUUAACCCUCCUUAAGUGACUGGAGCUGUGUCUUCCAUACAGACACGGGGAGCGAAACGGGGGGGGGCAGCAGGGGAGGGGAGAGCAAUUAAUUAUUUGAUGUCUGAAAAGUGAUUUUGAGGCUGUCCCUGCCUUCUCCUGUUUGCCAGAGAGAGGAUCGAGUCUUUGGGUGUCCCCCGUUCAUUUGCCACGCCGACCACGUCCCGAGUCUGAGUGCUGAAGCAUUUCCACCUGAACAACAUUUGGAUCUUCUCUUGAUCUGGUAAUGAUAAUACGAGUGAUCAUAUAGCAGUAAUGGUUUUGGUCUCUCUUUUUUUUUUCUCAUCAGAGGAAAUUAUUUAGCAUCAGUCUGUCUCAGUAGCGUCCCUUGAACCCUGCUCUCUCUCAUUCCUGCCAAGGGGUUUACAUAAAAGUAAAAGAAAAAAAGAAGGUUCCUCACCAAGGAACCUCUGUGACGCGCCACCGUUACAAAAAGCCUGAUGUUUGUCAGCCAUUUAAGACGACGAGGGAUUGUGACAAGCAUCGUUUGAGCUGUCUGUCCCCCCGGCGAAGGGCGGGCCUUAUACCGGAUAAACAGCCCCAGUAGUGGGAUCACGACGGGAGGGUGGGCGCUUCAUCUCCAGGAGUGUCCAUGAUGCUGCCACACACACACACAACACACAACACACAACACACAACACACAUAAAUUAAAAGGAGGCCCUGCGACAACAGCUAUACCCAAGAAAAACCCACAAUGGCACUGUUAGAGAACUACAAUGACUCUUCCACAGUUUGAUUCAGCGCACACACAAAGCCUGCUCGCGCCGUCACACGUAUGGUGGACGCCCCCCCGAUAAAAAGGCACACACACGCUCUAGUGUACGGCUGUUAGAAGAGGAGCCAUGUUCUCCGUUUGUACACGCCACCAGCCCGAGCAGAAUGGCUUUCUUUCUCUCCCUGGCCCUUUAUCUGUUUUUUUCUUUCACCCCCAUCAGCGCUGUCGACCAUUUUUUUUUUUUUUAAUGCCGUUUGUGCUCACAAAGAAAUGACAAUGCCCCCCAUUUAUCGGAGGAAGUCACAGGGCUGCAGUCAUACAUACAUACAUACAUGGAUGCUUGUGUGCAUGUGUGAGCAGGAGGUGUCCCGCUGUGGUUGAGAUGGAGCUGGAGUGCUUUGUGUAAACGGCUACGUUGAAUCAUCUGUGUCCACAAAUAUCCGUUUGUGUCUGUCCGUAAUGUCCGUGUGACUCAUUUUUUCCCACCAGGCGGGAUCUACAGUUCAUCUUGUUCCAAUCAGAAUCUGAGCUGCCCCUGAAAGACUUUGUGGUCUCUGUCAGUGUCGUUAAACAUCUGUCAUUAAAGCAGUUUCUGAAUCCAAGUGACUGAGA